UAUGUAUAUUAUUUAAACGUAACCGUGUUAUUUAUUACGCUUUAAACAUUUUUAUAAUCAUUUUUAUUAACUUGCGAGUGUUUUUACGUUAAAUAACAAAUAUAUUAUUUAUUAUUUACCACAUGGUGACGCAAAUGAAGGAUUUUAACGUAUCAUCAGAAUCUAGCGGCAUGUUCACAUACGUUAGAAAUACCGGCACUCAUCUAUCAACGUUAACAAGAAUCUUGGGCGUGUGUACUGCAGUUGUUGUGUGCGGCGUCGGAGCGGAUGUGGCGUACCAUCAGCACGUCAUGGGGUUUUACGUUACAGCAGCAUCUGGUUUGAUAUUCUUUCUCGAGAUUACAUGGGCCAUCACCUUGUUCGUACAGAUCUGUGUCAGGAACGACGAGUCUCUUUGUUCAUGCUGCUGGUCGGCAGUGUUGGCGAUAACAAGGGGUUGGCGGAGAGCAUUGUUUUAUCUACCAUUAUCCUGUAUUUUGGCAUGGAAACCGUAUAGUCUAUGGUUGUCCUAUGUUGCGGCCGGACUUUUGGCAGUGCUAUCCUUGCUGCAUAUUACGUCCAGCGCUUUGGGCAUACGUGGUUCCUGCCAGAUGAGCAAUGCCACGGAUUCAGUUGGCGAGAGCCUUCUAAAUACUAGGCCUGAGAAUUACGAUCGUUUUGAAGAAGUUCUGGUGACGGAAGUACUGGACGACGGUGUGUCUGGACCAACAGGACGAGUGGGAGACAGCGAUGGGGAAAUAUGACACGAACGUCAGCCCUCGUGGGCAAGCGAAUCAGACGAGGAUAGUGAACCGGAACAAAGGACAUGUCAAAUAGCUACGCUAUCUUAGUCGUUGAUAACGGACAGAAGAAACGCCGAUCUCGACAUUUUGCAAACGAUGUCAAAAUUCAAGCUUCUUUCGCGUUACGCAGAAGUCAAUGACAUCUUUGCGAGGAUGUAAUAUACAAAAAAGAAAGGAAGGAGAAAGCUUUGCGUAUUCGAAAAGUUACAGAAAACUUGAACAGAGGAACGAUGAAACUUUCCGAAGGAAGUUUAGCGGUCCAAAAAUGAGCAGGUAAAAUGCGAGACUCGUUGAGAAAUUUGAUCAAAGAUAAAGAGUGUCAGAUCAUUGAGAUAUAUAAAAAUAUUUGCAAAAUUUCUCGUUUUCGUUUUGUGUAGUUGAAAUUUUUUACGAGUCAAUAUAUGGUAUUGAAAUAUUGCAUACAAUACAAUACUAUGUUUCUUAAUCGCGAAAAUAAUAUUAAAAUUUUAUGAAAUAUAAAAAUAUGUAAUAUUUAUUGAUAUUUAUAAAUAAUG